UUGUUUCCAUCAUUUUUUUAAACUCAGAAAUUUUCCUGUCAAGGCUCUAUUUGGACAAACUAAAGCGAAGAUGAGGAGACUUCAAAACCUGCUGUUCACCUUUUGCAUUGCUCUGAGGUGUGUGACCAGUGCAGUAGGGGUGAUCCAUAUGACUGGAUAUGUGGGGAGUGCGGUUAAAGUUUCCUGCUCAUAUGAUGAGGGUUACGAGUCUUAUGAGAAGUACCUGUGUAAGAACGAUUGUGGCAGUGAUGAUGUUCUUAUUACAACAUCAAAAUCAUGGAAAAUGAAAUACAUGAUCCAUGAUGACAAAAAAGACCGAAUCUUUACAACGACCAUCUCUGAUCUUCAUUCUGAGGAUGCUGGGAAAUACUGGUGUGGGGUGACCAGAACUGGAAGCGAUAUCUACACUGAAGUCAAGUUGAAAGUAGUAAAAGACCACUGCUGUGACACUGUGACCAAAAUUCUGAAUUAUCAGGGAUAUUCAGUAUCCAUUAGUUGUCCAUCUGAGCCUCAGUACCAGAACAGCCUGAAGUACAUCUGCAGAGGAAACCGGCCCUCCACAUGUCUUCAGCAGGCACUAAUCACCUCUUACAACAAGGAAAAUGGACGAUUCAGACUUGAUGAUAAUAAAAUGUUGAAAAAAUUUACAGUGAACAUCACCAGUUUGAGGCAAGACGAUUCAGGGUCAUACCUUUGUGGUGUCCAAAGAAACUUUGACCUGGAUGUUUUCUCUGCUGUUGAGCUUAAAGUUGAAGAGUUCUGCUGUGUCAAAUCAACUAAAAUAAAUGGUACUGUGGGACAUCCACUAACGUUGCAGUGCCCUUAUCCUUCACAAUACCGGGACAACAGGAAGUUCCUCUGUAAGGGAGACCACCGCAACAACUGCACAGAUAUGCUAAAGAAUCAAAGCAGAUUCACACUACAAAAUGCUUCUUCCGACACUUUCGUUGUGAUGAUCUCAAAGCUGGAAGUAGCUGAUGCUGGGACAUACUGGUGUGGGUCAGACUCACAGUGGAGAGUUGGAAACUACACCAAGAUUCAGUUGUCAGUCUUUCCACAGAGCACUCUGGGAAAAAAGAACCCAGCACUCUAUGUGAUACCCCCUGUACUGCUUUUGAUAUGUAUCCUAGUUCUUGUUUAUAAGUACAGACGUUCCAGGAUUGAAGAAGCUGUUCUCUCCCUGAGGAGAAAUGCAUCUAGGAAAAAGGAGGUGAUUGAUGCAGCACAAAGUAAAAUUUAUAAAAAUCAAGGUGUGGUGACCUCCAAUGACCAAAGCACCAGUAACGUCUAUGAAGAAGUAGAUGUAGAAGUACACUACGAAAACGUGACCGCAAGUGAAUAAAUCUACUGCAAUGAAAAUUUCCAUAAACCCGACAGAAGAUACAGUUCAGUCCAUAAAUAUUUGGACAGAGGCAACUAUUUUCUUUAAAUGAAACAACUCAGGUGCAGUUGAAUUUCAGACUGUCAGCUGUUCAACUGAGUGGGCUGAACAAAAAGAUUGCAUCAAAAUGUGAGGAACUAAUGCAUUUUUGACACAAUCCCUUCAUUUCAGGGACUCAAAAGUAAUUGGACAAAUUAAAUAACUGAAAAUAAAAAAUUAACUUAUAAUACAUGAUUGAAACCCUUGCUGGCAAUUACAGCCUGAAGUCUUGAACUCAUGGACAUCAUCAGAUGCUGGGUUUCCUUCUUUUAAAUGCUCUGACAGGUCUUUACUGCAGCGGCUUUUAGUUGCUGUUUAUUUGUGGGCCAUUGUAUCCGAAGUUUAGUCUUCAACAAAUAAAAUGCAUGCCCAGUUGGGUUAAGAUUGGGUGACUGACUUGGCCAUUCAAGAAUAAUCUUUGGUUUAAUAAACUCCUGGGUUGCUUUGGCUGUAUGUUUUGGGUCAUUGUCCAUCUGUAUAAGUCCAUCUGCCCAUUCAAUUUGACUGCAUUUAGCCUGAUUUGAGUAGACAGUAUGUCUGAACACUGCAGAAUUAAUUUGGCUGGUUCUGUCCUGUGUCACAUCAUUAAUAAACACUAGUGUCCCAGUGCCACUGGCAGUCAUGCACACCCAAGCACACUGCCUCUGCCGUGUUUUACAGAUGAUGUGGUAUGCUUUGGAUCAUAAGCCAUUCCAUGCCACAGUAGACUUGGAUAUCGAUACACCUACGUCCUGGAGAGUGUUGUCACUUGGUUGGCUGUUGUGAAGGGGUUUCUCUUCACCAUGAAAUGAUUCUGCGAUCAUCUACUGCUGUUGUCUUCCAUGGACAUCCAGGUCUUUUUGCAUUGCUGAGCUUAUCACUGCUUUCUUUCUCAGGAUGUAGCAAACUGUAGAUUUCAUCACUUGAAGCAGUUUCUCAGAUGGGUUUUUCUGUUUUCUCAGCUUAAGGAUGGCUUUUUUCACCUGCAUGGAGAGCUCCUUUGGCCAUAUGUUGUCUGUUCACAGCAAAAUAUUCCAAAUGCAAGCACCACACCUUAAAUCAACUCCAGGCCCUUUAUCUGCUUAAUUAAUAAUGGCAUAAUACAGGAAGUGCCCACACCUGCCCAUGAAACAGCCUUUGAGUUGUCCAGUUACUUCUGGUCCCUUUAAAAAGCAGUUGGCACAUGUUAAGAAGCUGAAACUCCAAAACCCUUUAUUCAAUUUGACUGUGAAUACCCCGAAAAUGAAAAGCUGAGAGUCUACACAUUACGUCAAUGUCCAUUGUAUAACUAUAAUUAGAAUAUGUUCUGGUAAAGGGGUAAAAAAACAAAACUUAUGUCAGUGUCCAAUUAUGAAUGGAACUAACUGUAAGGUAUCUGUGGUUCAUAGCUUUGCUUUUUAUUGCUUAGUGUUCAUAAAAAUAUGUGCUCUGUGUUUUUUAAAAAUGUCAAAACCCAAUAAUGCAAAAUCUCAAUAUGAUUUUUAAGUGAACAAAUACACAAAGUGAAAUACAAUCAAAUUUGUUUACAUACAGUAAUUAAACAUUACAUUUAUUCUAUUUUAUAUAUUAGUUUUUGGUUUGGUUUAUUGUUUUGAACUAUUUAAAGAAGUCCCCACUUUGCUGCAGUGUCAGUUUUAGACAUUUGGAGUCAAAAAUACAGCAGUGAAAAGUAAAAUGGUCAUGAUACACAGAAACAUGCACAAAACUGUCAACUUGAACAUUUGACAAGACUUUGAUAUCAUAUAAA